AUGGAUGAUAUUGAACCUCCUUUUCAAGAAACCUACCCUUCUCUCUUCGUGAACCCUUCUGAGAAAUUAGCAAGAGAAGAGAGGUUUGGCAUGGAUGAUGAUGAGGAAUAUUGUGAGCUUCCACUGAUUGAUCUUUCUCGUUUGGAUUUCAGCAGGGAUGGUUCAAGUAAUUUCCAGGGCGACUUUGACGAGUGCAUAAAAGAGAUGGGUAAAGCUGCUAGUGAGUGGGGUUUCUUUGAGGUUGUGAAUCAUGGGAUUCCUCAUAAAAUUCUAAACAACAUGCGAUAUGAGCAGAAGAAGUUGUUCCAUCAGCCCUUCUGCAAAAAGGCUGAAGAAAACUUCAUGAACUUAUCAGCUAAUAGCUACCGUUGGGGGAACCCUACAGCCACUUGUUUGAGGCAGUUUUCAUGGUCAGAAGCCUUUCAGAUUCCUCUUUCAGAUAUUUCGAGAUUGGAUGAAUGCAACAGAACCAGAUCAAGUAUUGGUUUGUUUGCAACAAAAGCUGCCUCUUUGGCUCAAAGGUUGGCCGAGUAUUUGGCACAACAUUUGGGUGCCAAAUCGUCUUAUUUUAGAGAUUAUUGCCCGCCAAGCUCCAGUUAUCUUCGAAUGAACAGAUACCCUUCCUGUCCUUUAUCUUUUGAUGUGUAUGGCCUCAUGCCCCACACUGAUAGUGAUUUUCUCACUAUACUAUAUCAAGACCAGGUUGGAGGGUUGCAACUGAGGAAAGACGGAAGAUGGCUCUCCGUUAAACCUAAUCCUCAACUUCUAAUCAUCAACAUCGGUGACUUAUUCCAGGCAUUGAGCAAUGGAGCGUACAAGAGCAUUGAACACCGAGUGAUUACUCAUCCAGAAGUUGAAAGAUUCUCUGUGGCGUAUUUCUAUUGUCCGUCUUAUGAAGCAGCGAUUGAGAGCUUCAGCAAGCGAGCGGUGUAUAGAAAGUUUAGCUUCAAAGAGUAUAGACAGCAAGUCAAGGAGGAUGUUAUCACUACAGGUGAAAAAGUAGGGCUCUCAAGGUUUCUCUUAUAA